AUGACUCUCGCGUCGAGCAGUCUCGCCUUUUUGCCCCGUGCACAACAAACCUGGACGAGUGAGAGUCCCCGCGAUUCCGCCAUUGCCACGUGGAUGAAGGCCGAACGAAACCAUGCCGUAUCGUCACGUCGGGAGUUCUGGACCGCUACCGCCGCCUCGUUGCUGGUCGUCGCCGGCAGCCACGCGCCUCCCGCACGCGCGUUCACCAUUGGGGGCAAGAUUUGCUACGGCGACGAAGACCUGAUGGUGUCCAAGGCGCACGGCACGUCGGAAACCCCCGUCCAGAACGAUCUACUCUACAACGUCAAUCCCAAACUAGCCGACCGCAUCUGCAGUUACAAUCGACACUUUGCCGAACAAGCCGGUUAUUACAAAACCACGUCCUGGGAACAAGUCUUGCUCCAACAACAGGCAGCGGUCGGACCCGGCGGGACACCCCAACCCGUUACCUUUUACGAUUCCGUCACGGGCAAACCCUUGUUUGUAGCGCCAGUCAACCGCUCCGUACAAGAUUUGUUACGAGAAUCCGAAUUGCACGGAUGGCCGUCGUUUCGUGACGAUGAAGUCGUCUGGGAAAACGUUCGUGUCUUGCGCCGGUCGGGUGAAACCGUAUCCGUGGACGGGACCCAUUUAGGUCACAACCUUCCCGACCGCAAGGGCAACCGGUACUGCAUUAACUUGGUGAGCGUGGCCGGUCGACCCACCAAUACGGUAUAG